GCAGGAUGACUCAUCUGUGGCAAUUAAUAUCAGUCCUCAAUUACCUGAUGCAAAGAAACACUAUCAAACAAUUGCAUUCUUCCACAAGAGUAAAACUAGUUGCAGCAACAGAUUUUUAUUUACCUGAUGAGUGUUGGGAAUCUAUCUUCAAAUUCCUCAUCAACGACGACGACAACCACAGCUGCUUGAAGUCUCUCUCGGUCGUGUCCAAACAAUUUCUCUCUAUCACCAACUGUCUCGUAUUCUCACUCACUGUCGGUGAUUUUCAACCACGCCAUUUACUUCCUCGCUUCUUCAAUAGAUUCUCCAGCAUCAACUCUCUUAACCUCAGCUGCCACCAAAAAGAUGACGUCAACACAAUUCUCUGUCAAAUCUCUCUUUUCCCAUUGAACCUCAAAUUACUCAAACUCUCCCACCAAACCACCUUUCCUGCAAAUGGGUUGCGAGUUUUGUCCCAAAAUAUUACAACUUUGAUCUCACUCACAUGUUCUUUCAUUAGUUAUCUCCAUGGCGAUGAUCUCUUCCUCAUUGCAGAUUGUUUCCCUUUGCUCGAAGAACUCGACCUUAGUUACCCAUAUAAUUUACAAAAUCACGAAAGCUUACUCAAUGGAAUAGAGGUUCUUUCAUCAGCACUUUUCAAACUCCGAAAGAUUAAUCUCACUAAUCAUGACUACAUCAACGAUCAAUCGGUUUUCCACUUGUUCAAGAACUGCAAGCUUCUCGAAGAGGCCAACAUAUUUUAUUGUCUUCAAAUAACCCAUGCCGGUAUUGCUUUUGCUCUCCGUGAGACCCCAACUUUGAGGUCUUUAUCCUUUUACAAAUAUUUUGAACGGAAAGACUGUGCAACAUUGUUUGCUGUAAGCCCUCAAUUAAAGUCUCUCCGCCUUGCUUCCAUUUCAUGGUUUGAGGAUGAAAACAUCAAAAUAUUUGCUUCCAUUUUCCCCAAUUUACAGCUGCUUGAUUUGAGCUAUGGCGGUUACAUACCUGAAGAAGCUAUUUGUCGAGUUUUACGAAGUUGUUCUGAGAUUAGACAAUUGAACGUAGCUUCUUAUUCAAGAAUGAAGCUGCGUGGAAUGAACUUUGAAGUUCCCAAACUGGAGGUAUUGAACUUGUCACGUACAGAUGUUGAUGAUGAAGCGCUCUAUAUGAUCUCAAAGAGUUGUCGUGGGCUUUUGCAACUGUUACUGGAACGUUGUUGUAAUGUCACAGAGAAAGGGGUAAAGCAUGUUGUAGAAAACUGCACACAACUUAGAGAGAUCAAUUUAAUGAGGUGUGAAAAAGUGCAUCCUAAUGUCGUUGCCUCAAUGGUAUUAUCAAGGCCAUCAUUGAGAAAGAUAAUUGCUCCAGCUUGUUAUUGUUUCAGUGACAUAGAAAGGGAACUCUUCUCGCGUCAAAGAUGCCUUGUUUGCUAUUCGUAGCAUUCUCAAACUGCACUGGUGAAGUUUAAACUCUGAAAUUUUAUACUUCUUUGACAAUAUGAGGGAAGGGAUUCAAAAUCCAUUGGAAGACAUUUGAAGAAGCUAAAGGAAAUUAAAGAUGCUAAUGCAACUUUGGUUGGGUUUUGCUGAGUUGUGAGUCAUGCUACAUCAGGGGAAGCUUGCAGAUGUGGUUGUCAAAGAAUUUGGCGAGUGGCUAAAUCAUUAUUUGUUGGCAUCAAAUGUUUUUGGGAGUUUCAUAUGGCUAUUUGAUUUUCAAAGUCCUUUCCUAUUGGGUUCUAUUUAUUUUUCUGUAAAACCUUUCUCAGUUAGGUGUUUUUUAUUUUAUGUAUUUCAAACUCCUAGCACUCUUUGUGCUCUAUUAGUUUUUACAAUAUUAAUUAUUCAAGUUCAAACCA